UUCCCACAGUGGACUCCACUUUCCCACCACAUAUAAUCUCUCCUCUUCUUCAGUACUUCACAACAAAAAGUCCACAAAAUACAAAUACACCGAACACGAGAGCCUUGCUCUAGCCCCUCUCUUUCUCUCUCUCUCUUCAGACUAAAUUAAUUAGCUGAGAGGCUUAGCCAUGCCCAAGUGCGUAGCGGGCGAUGUUGCUCGAGCCCUGGCGUGCCGGGACUCACGAGCCGCAGAGCACCUGAAGUGGAUAUCAAUUGUGGUGAUAUUCAUAACCAGCAUCAUAGGAAUUUCCUUGCCAGUACUAUUAGCCCGUUACUUCCAAGGCAAACCCCUUUACGACAAGGCGGUGCUACUAAUCAAGUGCUUCGCGGCCGGUGUGAUUCUCUCCACCUCAUUGGUCCACGUCCUCCCUGACGCCUUUGACGCUCUCUCUGACUGCCAGGUGGCAUCUCAACACCCCUGGAAGGACUACCCUUUCUCGGGAUUGGUCACUUUGAUUGGGGCUCUAACCGCUCUCUUGGUGGACAUCACCGCCUCGUCACACAUGGAGCACGGUCACGGUCACGGUCACGGUCACAGUGAGAGCUACGUUCCUGUGGGGACACAUGAUCGGGAAAAUGAAAAGAAAUUGUAUGGGGGCGAGUUGAGAAAUGAAUCGGUGGAGAUGGUGGUGCAGGUGGUGAAUGAGCAGGAGCGAGUCGAUGAGGUGGUGAAGCUGAAGCAGAGACUGGUGUCGCAGGUGUUGGAGAUUGGGAUUAUAUUUCACUCGGUCAUAAUUGGAGUUACCAUGGGGAUGUCUCAGAAUCAGUGUACAAUUAAGCCUCUUGUUGCUGCUUUGGCCUUUCAUCAGAUCUUUGAAGGCAUGGGUCUUGGUGGUUGCAUUGCUCAGGCGGGAUUUAGCUUUGGAACAACGGCCUACAUGUGUUUCAUGUUCGCGGUGACAACACCCAUGGGGAUAGUAUUGGGAAUGAUUUUAUUCUCUGUGACCGGUUACGAUGACAGUAGCCCUAAGGCCUUGAUCAUGGAGGGCUUGUUGGGGUCUUUCUCUUCGGGUAUACUCAUAUACAUGGGUCUAGUGGAUCUCAUUGCUGCUGAUUUCUUCCACAACAAGAUGAUGACUUCCAAUUUAUGGUUGAAAAAGGCAUCUUAUAUAGCAUUAAUUCUUGGCUCUACUUCGAUGUCUAUCCUUGCGCUUUGGGCUUGAGCCUUGAAAUUCUGUAAUUUUUUUUAGUAAGCAUAGAAAAAGUCAUAUGGGUUCCAUGAUAGACAAUAUACAUUUCAAAACCACUGGUAGCAUGUUGGAGUCUCGGGAACAAACAUAUAAGGGAAAGUAGAUAGUCAAAUUAUCAUUCAAACAAGUGGUGGUGUCGACAAUGAGAAAUUGCUCAACUUUUCCCUAUCUUCGGUUGUAAUUAGACAUGCAAUGACAAUUGGUUACAUGUUAAUUACAUAAUUAUAUUAUAUAGAUAUAACCCAUUGAAGUGGAAAUUCCCUUUU